GUAUAACAUAACACAACUGUUUGUGUUUAUAGUGCAAGUGACUGGGUAUGUCAACACCGUUGCAAGGUUUGAAAGUAUAUGUAGAUGUGAGAUCAAGUGAUGGGAAAGCCAACUAUAGCGCAUGCGUUAGCAAGCAGUUGAAGCUACUUGGGGCUGAUAUCCACUCUACAGUUUCAAAUCUCUGUACUCAUGUGGUUUUUAAAGAUGGUAAGAUAAACACACGGCUACAGUCUAACAAACUUGGGUUGCUGCUUGUCAAUGUACUAUGGGUUGAAAAAUGCCGAGAAACAGACAGCAAAUGUGAUGAAUCAAAAUUUCCAGUAACUGAUGAUGCAGUUGACACUCCUAUACAUCUAAAAAAAAAGACACGCUACAGAUCUUUGCAACCUACGUCUAGUAUUGCUUGUAAAGGAAAAACUACCAGAGUAAAGAGAACUAAAACAGAAAACCCAGUGGUUGACAGUGCUGUAACAGAUAGUCCUCUUGAUGCGACUCCUCUCAAACACAAAGGGGCACUUAUUAAGAAGCUGCAGUGGCCUCCAGACCAUUCUGAUGUUUGCAGUGAAGCUGAAUUAGCUGCCCACGAGGAAAUUGGUGAAGAUAUGAAGAAAGUCGAUAAAAGAAAAGGGAGGCGCAAGCUGAAGAGGUCUGCUGUGUUUGAUCAGUCAAUAAGCAAUUCUCAAGACGGACAAAUUCAUCAUGCUCCUAGUUCAACUCAUCUCUUUGUUAUCUCUAAAAAUGUCUCCAAGAAGCAAGAAAGUGAUUCCAAGGAGGACAGUCAGUUUUCCUCUUAUGAUGCAUCUCAGCAUUUUGAAAGAACUGAUUAUUCAGUGACAAACAUCAUCAACCAAAUAGAUGCAACUAUUGAAAAAGUUCCUGCGGAUGGUUUUACUGAUCUUUAUAGUGAUUCAGAAGAUGAUAAUAUGAAUAAUCCCAGUAGAAGAACUUGCCAAUUGACAAACUCACAGAAAAAUGUUAUGGACAUGACUUUUGAAUUUGAUGAGGUGGACAGAGAUGUUGAGAUGAAAAAGCCAAGAAAGCGUAAAAAGCUGCAGAAACAUGGAGGUUGUAAAGUUGGGCAGAAGUUAAAAAACGAUGAGCUAGAUAAACCUGACACGGAGAGAUUGCAAGAAUCUGCUCAUGUAAGUGUGAUGAACUCUCCAACAAAAAUGCUGACGUUUAACUCCAACUAUACUGACAAUAGCGAUAUUGUCACUGAUCUAGAGCCAGGAACACAAGAACCUGAUAAUGACGAGAUAACAGCUCUGAAACACAUUAAAUCUCCCACCUUAGUUCGAACUGAGAGACAGAAACAGCGGAAAUCUGAAACAAGUAAAGCUUUAGCUGAGAAAAAUUGUAGCAGAACAAAAAAAUCAGCUGCACAUAAAACUAAAACCACAUUGGAAAAUGUUUCGCUCACUGAAACCUCUCUCCGGUCCAAUAAAAUGGGAAAUGUGAAACUAGAUCAGCACCAAAAUGAUGAUGAGGAACCGAUUAUAGAUGAAAAUGUGAGUCACCUCCCAGUUGCUAAUAGUCAGCCUAAGGACAGUGAAACAAGUUCAAAUGUUGUGCAAGCCCCUGAAAUUACGUCUACUUCCGAUACCAAGGCAAGAAGAAUGAGCAAACGCAUCAGGCACUCUUCAUCUAGGCUUUCAAAUCCUGAAUUCAUAUCAUACCAGUCCGUGCAGGAGAAAUCACGAAAAACAUGUGAAGUACCAAGCACCUUGAAUGAGACAGAAGAGAUAAGAUCUAAUGUACCGGGCACCAGUAGUUAUUCGACAGACAUUUGUGAUGACAGAUUCAAUAGAAGGUCUCCAGAACGCGAACGGGUGUCUACCAUGAGAAAGUCGGAUGAUAGUGUUAAUAGUACAAGGAGAUCUGGUCGAGUUAGAAAGUCAAAUCCUAAAUACCUUUCGAAUACUUCUGAUUCACUAAAAUCAAACCCACAAUCCACUAUGAGUAUGUCAAGUAUCGAUUUAUCCCUCUUAGACCAACCAUCAGAUGAGGUCGGCCAUAGCAAUCUGGUUGAUGUAUCUGACGGCGAUAUAUUAUGCACCACAAAAAGGUCUGCAAAAAGUGUUUUUACCACUAAAACAUCUGAUAACAGCGUCAAUGAUACAAGAAAAUCUGGUAGAAUGAAAAGGACUAACCCUAAAUACGUUCUGAAUGCAUCCAGCUCAAAAAAGCCUAGCAAAAAAUCCACUGUUUCCACUGCUGAGACAUCACUGUUGCACGAACAAUCUGAUAAAGAAAACGCUGCCCACAGCCCCGACCAUUCGGUGAGUGAGUACAGCACUACAGAAACUCCUGAUGUGAAGAAACCAUUGACAAGGCGGGAGAAAAAAGCACCGAUUGUUCCGACGACUACAGAUACAGAAGACUCAGCUAACGAGGUUCUCAACAAGAGACCUCAAUCCAAGAGAAAGAAUACUAAGAAGGCAAAUACGAGCUGUCAUGAUGUUUCUAUAGUAACGAAAAGAAGAUCAGAUAGUAAUGCAACUCCAGCGAAUAUGAAAGUUAUCUGCACGACAUGCUGCCACCGAGACGACCAGGCGAUGGUCCGGACCACUGCAAAGUUAUUCUCCGCUGCAGUAUCUGAGUCUGUAGAUAAGAACACUUCACAUGUUAUCAUGGGUACACCCAAGAGAACUAUUAACUUGUUAAAGGCUAUCAUUAACGGAGCUUACGUACUUUCUCUUAAUUGGGUUACUGACUCUAUCUCUAAAGACAGUUGGCAGAAAGAAUCCAAAUAUCAACUCACCUCUGAUUUCCCCAUAUUGAAGAUGAAAGGAGAGCUGAGAAGGAAUGCUGCCAGUCUGCUGUUUGCAGACCUGGGUCUGAUCUUUGUUGAUAAGGAAACUGCUCCUCCUCAGACAGACCUUAUAGACCUCAUAACGCUCUGUGGUGGCAAGGUUACCAGAUCAAGAACCCGGUCUCGCUACUGUAUAGGCGGAGCAGCUGAAGACAAAGAACAUAUUUCACUGUCAGAACAGUGGGUACUGGACAGUAUCACCCAACUCAGACUACAGGACACCAAAAAGUUCCUCCUCUUCCCCUACAGAUCUCCUAGUCCUGAGUUUUAAAAGUGAACUGUUUGUGGAGACUACACAUUGUGGAGACUGCACAUUGUUGAAACUGCACAUUGUGGAGACUGCACAUUGUGGAGACUGCACAUUGUGGAGUCAGCACAUUGUAGAGACUGCACAUUGCUGAGACUGCACAUUGUGGAGACUGCACAUUGUGGAGACUGCACAUUGUGGAGACUGCACAUUGUGGAGACUGCACAUUGUGGAGACUGCACAUUGUGGAGACUGCACAUUGUGGAGACUGCACAUUACUGAGACUGCACAUUGUGGAGACUGCACAUUGUGGAGACUGCACAUUGUGGAGACUGCACAUUGUGGAGACUGCACAUUGUGGAGACUGCACAUUGUGGAGACUGCACAUUGUGGAGACUGCACAUUGUGGAGACUGCACAUUGUGGAGACUGCACAUUGUGGAGACUGCACAUUGUGGAGACUGCACAUUGUGGAGACUACACAUCGUGGGGCGGUUCGAUUAUUGUUUGAAAAUUUGAUAGGUUGUUUUAAUUGCUGCUGUUUUAAUUUUCCAUGUUCGCAUAAUAUGGAUAGAUAUCUAUAAUAUUACAAAUAUGAUCACCAAACUGCAAAGUAGAGCUGAAAAUGAAUUGAAUAUUUGAAAUACGAGUGAAAUUUGUAGAUUUGUAGCAGUAUAAAACUUGAUUGAUCGUGAGGUCUAUCAAAUGUUUUUUUAUUCAAUAAACUUAGAAUUCCUAUGUAAACUAAGAUUAUAAUAAUACGUACUUGAUUUUAAUUAAUUAUUAAAUGCAGUUGUCAUUAUCAUUAUAUUAUCCCAACCUGCAUUCAUAGAAUAUUUGCCAGCUUUAUUAAUAUAAUAUCAAUAAAUAACAUGUUCUAGGAUAUUGUACGGAGAUGUUUUAGCGGUUAUACAAAUACUUUUGUCUGAUUAACUUCUAAAUAAUUAAUAUCACACAAAUUCUGGU